AAGACGUCAUGACGCAGGGACACGGAAGUGGUGUCAGAGCUGAAAGUCGGACGGUGGACGGACCUUCUUCCUUCUGGAUUUCUGUUGUUUUAUUUUUUCGCGGGUUUUAAGUUUCGUGUUUCGGAGCCGAAACGGAGAAGAAGAAGUAGAAGAAUAACCGGAAGACUUCCAGAUCCUCUGCAGCAUGGACCACAGCGCCAUGGACCACUCCCACCACCAUCAUCCCACCGCGGCCCCGCCCACCACAGGAGGACAUGACCACGGAGGAGGAGGUGGAGGAGGAGGGCACGAUGGGGGCCAUGGAGGACACGGGGGGAUGGUGAUGACCUUCUACUUUGGCUACAAGAACGUGGAGCUGCUGUUCACCGGCCUGCUCAUCAACUCACCUGGAGAGAUGGUCGGGGCGUGUAUCGGAGUCUUCCUAUUGGCCGUCUUGUACGAGGGGUUGAAGAUAGGUCGUGAGGCGCUGCUGCGUCGCAGUCAGGUCAACGUCCGCUACAACUCCAUGCCACUCCCAGGGGCUGAUGGGACAGUGCUGAUGGAGACGCACAAGACAGUCGGCUCAAUGACUGAGGGGGCGGAGCUUCCUGUUCGACUAAAGUCCCGCCUCACAGGACUCUCUCCCAGGCAGCGGAUGCUAAGCCCCGGCCACUUCCUGCAGACCCUGUUGCACAUCGUUCAGGUGGUCGUCAGCUACUUCCUGAUGCUCGUCUUCAUGACCUACAAUGCUUACCUCUGCAUUGCUGUGGCAGCCGGCGCUGGCAUGGGCUACUUCCUGUUCAGCUGGCGAAAGGCGGUGGUUGUCGACAUCACAGAGCACUGCCACUAGCGAGUGCAGCAGUUAGCAUCUGAUCGGGAGGUUUGAUUUAUUGCUGAUCACAAUCAAUAAAACGCUAACAAACAUUGUCGAUCCAUGCUAGCAUGCUAGCCAACCUGGAACUACAAACCCCAGAAUGUUAGCAGCAAAUUGAGUUAGCACAGACACUAAAUUACAAAUGUUACUCGGUAACCAUGGUAACACCCUGUUGUAGGUUAACAUGCACACUCACGUUUGUAGUGAGCCAAGUAAAUCCUCGUUUCACAGAAAACGACAAACACUUGUUUUUAGUUUCUGUUUUUGUCAUAAUUAUGAAAAUUGUUUUUUUUUUGGUUUGUUUUUUGUUUUUUCUGUGAACUCCUGCUGCCGACCAAUCACAGCUCAGAUCACCUCAGAAGGUUCUGACUGGCCAAAUCACUUUCUUUUAUUUCCUUUUUAAUGCCAUGACAACUGGAAGGUUAGCGCUAGCUGCUAUUAGCCAAAGUGUUAGCUUACGUAGCUUCCGUGUACACUGUAUGGAGACAGAUUCAUGUCAGUAUUAUUUCUGUCAGCAGAUUGAUGUGCUGUGUGUCAAUGUGUAAUCUGUAAAUGUAAAACAACUUUAGCAAAUACCAAAAAAAGAUUUCUAACCCCCCCCAAAUAUUUUCACAUCUGCAAAUACACAAAUAAAUUUCCCCCAAAAAACUCAGUGUGCAGAAAUUGAUUCACAAAUAAAAACUGGAUUCACAGAAAUCUGUGUGAACGUCGUUAAAAAUAUUCACUAAUGAUUUUCAUUCAUUUGUGAAUUGAUUAAAUGUAUUCACAGUUUUUUUUUUUUUUUUUGAGAUUCUGUUUUUUAUUUGUGAAAUAGUUUGGUAAGUUUUACAAAUCUUGUUUUUGCUUCACAUAAACGCAUGGAUCUUUGAUCACACAAACAAUAUUGACACAAAUGUGUCUCCCUAUCAUUUACUCUGUAGUUGGCAGCUCGUUAGAUGAGCCACGUCUCUUUAAACAGUGUUUAAACUUUUAUUUAGAGUAUAAUUUAUUAGCGACUAGAUGCUUUACAGAAGUUUUAAUUUAGAUUUUUUGAUUUAAAUCACAUUAUUAUGAAACUAACUCUGUUUGAUUUUUGUUGCAGUUAAAAUGAAAAAAAAAAUCUCCAGUAAACAUCGAGCGGCUCGUUCAGUUGAUCAGUUUAUAUUUUCAGAAUCACAUUUUUAAAAAGUUACGUACAGAAAAUGAUUUUCAAAAAUUUCACAAUAAAUUUGUUGUUGAGAUUUUUGAUUUUGAAUACAAAAUAAAUUCUCUCACAGUUUUCUUUUUAACUUGUUGAAUCCAGUUUAAAGUUCAUGAAUGAAAUGAUCCUUUUUUUAAAAAGCCAUUUUUCCAGGUUUUCUGUGGGCCUUAAACACACCACCUGUUGCCUUACUGUGGCUGACAAACGUCCUGAUGUCCUACUGACUGGAGGCCAGUGUCGACACUCUGCUGGUUUCACUUUAAAACAACUUGAAAACGGUUGUGUCUUCACCUAAGGAGACACAUGUUGUUGUCGGAGGACAGUGUCCACCAGAGACAAACGAUGAUUCAUUGGGAAAGACCAAAAAUAGAGGUCAAACUUGUGACCGCUCACUAACUGUGAUGAUCGUUUGUUUCUGGCUGACAUGGACCUCCGUACGUGUCAUUGUCAUUUAUUGUGAUUUUUGUUUUAAUUCACACUGAGAGGUGGGCGCAGUUUACUUUCUGGACCAAUCAGGUUGCGGGGACAGAUUGCAGUUACUGGAUUUUAUUCUGAACGUACUUGUGUCUGUAUGUUUGGCCGUCCUGUCAGACUUUACUCGGGGCUGCGGCUCCUCUAGGUGUGAAUCGUGAUGUGUGAAGGAAACUGUUUGUCUGAAGAUGUAAAAUGCUGGAAUCACUGAAAAUAAAGUUUAUGAAGAAA